CUUUGAAGAUUUCUGUUCCUUUCCUGUGCUUUCCUGUUUGAUGUGCUUGUGUUUAGCAUCUUUGGAUGAUGGGCUUCCUCUCCAGUUUAAUUCAUGUUGCAUGAAUGAAAAUGAAUUCAACAUUUGUAAUCAUCAUUCUGUCUGCUCUGACGUCUGUAAGCAGGUCUGAUCAUGAUUAUUACCUCAAACAUGACACACGGUGUCUCUCUAUAUGUCCUCACAGUUUCCCAGCAUGCCUCUGGUGUGGAGCUGUAUGAGGGGGACUCGUUCAUGCUGCCCUGUCAGUUUGACACUUUCGAUCUGACUGACCCCUCAGUGGUGUGGAGUCGCUCCGACCUCAGUCCUCCAACCGUCCACCAGCGUCAGCUUCAAGGAGACGAAAUGAAAGAUCAAAACCAGCGUUACAGCGGCCGAACAUCCAUGAAGACUGACGCUCUGGAAACUGGAGAGCUCAGCCUGAACCUGACCAACCUCCAACUGUCUGACAGCGCCACCUACACCUGCUCCAUCAGAGACUUUGGAGAUGAACUGAGUCGGAGUGAUGUGCAGCUGCAGGUCAAAGAGCAGUGGUCAUACUGGGAGCCUCUCGUGUUUCUCCUGGUUCUCGUCCUUAUAGUUUCCGGGGUUCUUUUAUUUCAUUUCUGUCACUAUUUCAUGUCAGGCUGUGAACGUGAAGACGGGGAUGCUGACGUCCUGUAAAGCACAGCUGACCUUCAUCAGGACGUCACAGAGGAGACGCUCUACAAACACACAAGGAUCCACACACAGACACACCUGCCUGACAAACUGCUCUUAGUGCAUCAUCACGCACACGGGAUGUGAUUUGCAGUGUCAAGAAGUCUUCAAGCGACCAAUGAGAGCACAGGAUACGACUGACUGACCUCUGGUAGGAACCACAGGCGUGGACACAGGCACACACCUCACAGCAGCUGAUGCUUUCUGCCUCUCUGUAGACGGAGUGUGUUUACUUUUGACAGCAACAAUCAGAUACUACAGCAGUCAGGUGAAUUUAAAGGUUUUUCUGUGAGUAAACUGACUACAGCGGCUACAACGCCGUCCUUUGUUAACGUUGUUGGUCCAGAAACUUUCUGUUCACUCAGAACCUGAAAUAAAG